GCGUCGCAGGUCUCGAAACCAAUAUAGAAAAGAAAAUGGACCUAAAAUAUCUUAUACACAAAUGCAGUUGGAUGCAACUGCUCUUCGUUUGGAUAUUUUUUGUUUUUCGAGUAUCAGCUGAUAGUCGAUGUUUUCUGGAAGGUGGUGGAUCUGCAGAAAGUUUUUUUGUAAGCGAAGAUUUACCGGUCGGUUCGAUAAUUGGUAGCUUAAGUAUACUAGGUGAUCCAAGAAUAAUCGGUGGUGAUAUCACGUUGGGACUUCGUGAAAGAGAUAGUCCUGUACAAAUCGCAGCAGGUUCGAGGGAUUUGGUUUUAAGGGCGCCACUGGAUAAAGAAGGAAGACAAGGACCAUCUUCGGUCUAUGUUAAUGUAAUUUGCGACAGGAGAUUGUCUGGAGAUCCGAGUUUUGUAAUACCUGUAAAUAUUCGUGUAACUGAUGCUAAUGACAAUGCUCCGCAAUGGAUAGGCGCUCCUUAUACACUCACACUGUCAGAAGUGACCGUGCCCGGUACAAGGGUUUUGCAAGGUGCAAGGGCUGUUGAUGCGGAUCAACAAGGUCCUUUUUCUACUGUGGAAUAUUCUGUAUUACCAGGACCAAAUUCGGAUAUAUUUGCUUUUGUUACGCCUCUGGAAGGCACAUUAAUUUUAAGGAAGCCUUUGGAUUUUGAGACUAUGCCCAAUUUUACAGUGGGAUUAAGAGCGCAAGAUCAAGGAAAUCCUCCAAAGUUUACAGACACAAAAUUAGAUGUCUUUGUUGCUGAUGCUGACGACCAAAAUCCAAAAUUCUUGGACGAAGCUUAUACUGCCAUCGUUCCUGAAGGGGCUAGAAGGGGGGCUGUAUUACGGACAUUACCUCGACCGAUAGGGGCAAUUGAUCAAGACGCUGGGUUGAGGGCUUCUUUAACAUAUUCAUUAGCACCACCAGCACCUCCGGCGUCUUCGCUUUUCAGGGUUGACCCCAAAACUGGUGCAUUGACAUUAGUCACUGAUCUGAAGUCUGGUGACCUGGUACAACCAGUCACUCUUGUUUUGAAGGCGACCCAGGAAGAUAACUCUGAUAGAUAUGCACUUGCCACAUUAAUAGUGUCACGUGCGGGCUAUGGACCAUCUUCAAAUGGAGCUAUCAGAGCUCCAUUGAUUUUUUUUCAAUCCGAACUUAAUAUUGAUAUAUCAGAAGAUUCGCCUGUAGGCACCAGGCUGAUAAUGCUACCUACGAAUAGACCAGGAGACCCGGUAAGAAAAUUUGCGGUUCGAUAUUCCUUAAUUGAAGCUGGUUGUCGAGGUCUUUUUGCAAUAUCUCCUGCAGGUGAGGUUCUUUUAAAGGCGAGUCUCGAUUACGAAGUUGCUACCAAACAUCGGUGUCAUAUAUUAGCUACGGAUGGUCGUGCUAAUGCUACAGCAUUAUUGGAUGUGUCUGUAGUUAAUGUCAACGACUGGGAACCACGUUUUCGACGCGCACAUUAUGAAUUUGCUGCACCAGGAUUGCCAGGAAGCAAAGGAACUCCUACGACAACAGCUGGUUUAUUACUUGGCAGAUUAGAAGCAGCAGAUGGCGAUAGAGGCGAUGUUCUUACCUUGACUUUACGUGGAAGUUAUUCGAGCAUGUUCUCGUUGGAUCCAAGUGGAGCAUUGUUUCUUCGACCUGGCGCUAUCGAAACUCUCCUAGGCGGAAAUGGUAAAUCUAAUAAUGAUAGCUCCGGUGGCGUUCUGGUUCAUUUAGUAGCCACGGCAACGGAUAGCGGGGUACCGCCACGCUCCAGUUCAGUUCCAGUGACGGUGCGAGUUGGUGGAGCACCGGGUGCAGGAGCUAUUGGUAGAGGUGCUCCAACGAGAGGUGGUACUUUAGCCGAUUGGGGUUUGGUUACGGCUUUUACCGCACUGCUUGGUUUGUUUGCAGUUGUUAUUGCAGCACUCUCGGUUUAUAUAUAUAAGGUCAGCAAGAAACCAAAACGAAUGUCUAGAAAUCGUAUACACGUAAACGAUACUGGGGGCUUUUUACGUUCUCAACAAAAACCACCGCAGCAUACAAUUGGCGGUUUAGGUAUGAUUGGAGGUGCGCUUGCUAGAAGUGCAGGAGUUUCAGCAAAUGGUUUGGGAGGCUCGGAAAGCACACUUAGCGCCGGGGCUAGCACAAUUAUUGCUAAUAGUUUAGAAAGAAGAGCUCAAGCGGAUUAUACUGCAACAGUUCGAAGUAUAAUGUCGAGAGCGUCACAGAGAAAUGGUAUGUACGAGUGCGGAGAAGAAAGCCCUACACCUGAAACAUCAGAGUUAUCUGGUACAACAUCAGGAGUUACACGCGCCAACGAACAAGGGCGCGCUACUGGUUUGUGGGUCCAAGGUAGUGGAAUGCCUACACGAGCUAAGAAACUUAGCUGGGAAAAUGGUCAAGAAAUUAAGACUGAUGAUGACCCCAUACCACACCGCAAUGGAACCAAUUUGCCAGAAAACUUGACAGUGUAUUUUUAGAAAGAUAAAUAAUUGUGCAAUAGUGAUUUUUGUGGUUGUAUUGAAUUUUGAG